CACCUAAGAUAACGCAAUUUCUGCGCUAGGUGGGGCGGGGCUCCGCGAGGACCUCAUGCUGAAGGGAUAAGUUGGGAAGCGGAGGCAGGCGAUAGAGAAGGGGCGUCCGACGGCUACUGAGGACGUGAUCCUUGCAGAUUAUCUUCUGGGGAAAAAAUGCCUAAAGUCAAAAGAAGCCGGAAAGCUCCCCCAGAUGGCUGGGAGUUGAUCGAGCCAACAUUGGAUGAAUUAGAUCAAAAGAUGAGAGAAGCUGAAACAGAACCUCACGAGGGAAAGAGGAAAGUGGAAUCUCUGUGGCCCAUCUUUAGGAUCCAUCACCAGAAAACCCGCUAUAUUUUUGACCUCUUCUACAAGCGAAAAGCCAUAAGCAGAGAACUGUAUGAAUACUGUAUUAAAGAAGGCUAUGCAGAUAAGAACCUAAUCGCAAAAUGGAAAAAGCAGGGAUAUGAGAACCUAUGCUGCCUGCGGUGCAUUCAGACACGGGACACCAAUUUUGGGACGAACUGCAUUUGCCGGGUCCCCAAAAGCAAGUUGGAAGUGGUAAUGUCUCCACCCCUGUCAUGUCUGACGACUGGGUGGGAUAUUACUGUCAGGGUUCUGCCCUAGUUGACCACAAGGGGUUUUAUGUUGUUCUGUUUUGUGGUUGGCCAUCCCCCCAGCAGUGAGACCCUCUGGUCAGGAAUCCAUGCCAGGGAGUUUGGCAGUAAUUAUCUUACAUCUGGGGGCCAGUCUCACCUCCUCCUUUGGGCAAGUUAUUGGGUUCCUUUCCUCACUUAACCAAAUGGGGGUGAUGAUACCCACCGGCCAGUCGGCAGGAGCUUGUCCCUUUCCCUCCAGUGCUUGCCCUUCAGCCGCCCUUUUUUCCAGGCCUCCUUUUCCUCCCAGGGACACUUCAAUGUUAGCAUCACCAUGUCUCCUGCCAGAACUUCCUGGGCGGCUGGGGAACACGGCUGGGUGUGCAGUAGCUCGGCUCCACACACAUACGCCUCUGAAGUGGAGCCGCAGGAAGCAGAGAAGGGUUGCUGGGCUGUUGGCCGUUAGCGCCCUUUGAGCGUGGCCCCUCGGCUGACCGCCAUGGGCCCCGCUGGGAUGUCAGGCCAGAUGUCUUCUUUCACACCGUCCCUCGUCACAAGGUCCCUUCACACUGCAGCACUAGUUACAGCUUGUAGGGCUUCGGCUCAGCAGGCAGCUCUGUCCCCCUGAACCAUCUGGAAGCUCAAGGACGGGCAUGUGGAGCAGUGGAGAGCGAGCACGGGCUGCCUCCUGAGGGGCAGCUCUGCUGCUGGUCUCUGGCGGGGGCAGGAAGGGGGGCAGAGCAGCA